GGUGCAGGUGCCACACGCCAGAAGAGUCCCUUGGAACCAACUAAGCAGCCUCAGCAACAAAUAAACUGUGCUUGAGAAGAACCUCAAUUCUAUCGUCGCAGGGCUUGCAAUUGAUUGUCAAGUCUCCCCUCUCCACUCUCUCUUCAAAUAUGUCGACGUUCACCCGUUCUGUUCGCACUGUAGCAAGCAAGAACCUGCGACCAACCUUCCCCGCCAAUCGAGCUCUGCGAGCUGCCCCUCUUACAACCCUCUCUUCCACAUCCCGCAUUUCCAUUUCUCCACGCACAACACCAUUACCUGCCUUCAAACAAUUCUCCACCAUGUCUCCUCUUCAAUCCGGUGCUCCUCCACCACCUCAGGCAAGAGAAUAUGAUCCCGAGAUUAAGGAUAUUGCCAGCUAUGUCCACAAUACCCCCAUAAACUCGGAUCUCGCUGUAAGCCCCCUCAUUGGAAUGGAAGAUAGGAUUAUGCUGACAGUUUGCGUUUUUAGUUUGAUACCGCACGAUUUGUUUUCCUUGAUACCCUCGGUUGCGGUCUCGAAGGUCUGCGAUUUAAAGAAUGUACGAAACUGCUUGGUCCAAUUGUUGAGGGCACCGUUGUUCCAAACGGAACCAAGGUUCCCGGUACAGAUUUCCAAUUGGAUCCUGUCAAUGGAGCUUUCAACAUCGGUGCUAUGAUCCGAUGGCUAGACUACAAUGAUUGCUGGCUGGCUGCUGAGUGGGGUCACCCUUCAGAUAAUUUGGGAGCUAUCUUGGCCGUUGCAGACUGGAUCUCACGAACCAACCGUGCUGGUGGAAACUUGGGCAAUGGAAAGGUGGUUACGGUCAAGGAUGUCUUGGAGGCUAUGAUCAAGGCACAUGAGAUUCAAGGAUGUUUGGCACUUCUCAACUCAUACAACAAGGUUGGCCUUGACCAUGUUGUGUUGGUUAAGGUUGCUAGUGCUGCUGUGAUUUCCAAGAUGCUUGGUCUUUCCGAGAAGCAGACUGCAGAUGCAGUUUCUCAAGCUUGGGUUGAUGGCCAAAGUUUGAGAACUUACAGACAUACUCCAAACACCAUGUCAAGAAAGUCAUGGGCUGCUGGUGAUGCUUGCCAACGUGCCGUCAAUCUCGUCUUGAAGGUUAUGAAGGGCGAGCCAGGUGUUCCAACUGUUUUAUCUGCACCUGUUUGGGGUUUCUACGAUGUCCUUUUCAAGGGCAACAAAUUUGAAUUCCAAAGACCAUAUGGAAGUUACGUUAUGGAGAACGUUUUGUUCAAGGUCUCAUACCCAGGUAAAGUCCACUUACGCCAAUGAUUAUUUACACGCUAACAUUUUUUAGCUGAGUUCCACUCGCAAACUGCUAUUGAGGCAGCAAAGAACAUCCGCAAACAACUCCACGAUCAAGGUAAAUCCGCAGCCGACAUCAAGAAAAUCACAUGCAGAACCCACGAGGCAUGCGUCCGUAUCAUCGAUAAGCAAUUCAAGCCAAUGGACAACUUUGCCGAUCGCGAUCACUGCAUCCAAUAUAUGGCCGCAGUAAUGCUCGUCUAUGGCCGCCUCGAGGCAACUGAUUACACUGAUGGAGGAGAAGCCGCCACCUCCCCACUUGUUGAAUCUCUCCGCCAAAAGAUCAAGUGUGUCGAGGACCCACAAUUCACCGAGGAUUACCACAACGAGAACAUGCGUACCAUUCCUAACGCCUUGACGGUUGUCUUGAACGAUGGAACAGUUAUGAAGGAGGUUGUUGUUGAGGCUCCGCUAGGACAUAGACUUAGAAGAGAGGAGGCGAAGCCGGAGAUCUUGGCGAAAUACAAGAGACAUCUUGGACCUCAUUACAGCGAGGCGAAAGUCAAGGAGUUGGUUGAUUUGGGCAAUGAUCCCAAGAAGUUAGAGGCUAUGGCUAUUGAUGAGUACGUUGAUUUGUAUGUCGUCAAGGAUAGUAAGUUUUGUCUAGAUUUGGGAAUGAGUUGAAUUUCAAACUUCGGGAGAGGGGGUG